GUCAGCAGGAUUGCGUGUGUAAAUGAAUGUGAUCUAACCUCAGCACUCGUGGCACGGAGGAUGCGCAAGUAUAUUGCGCAACAUUUCGAGCGCCAGGAUAGCGCGUGCAUCUCAACCGGUGUAUGCGUGUUGGACAUCAGUAAACUGUAGUAUAGUAGCACAGGACGAGAGCGUUUUCCGACCUUUUCGAUGCGGGAAUUCCGGGAAUGUGGUAGUGACCGCUUUAAAGACGGCCCUCUGCUGCCCCUCGUCACCUGAUCGCUGACAUUUAAACGCGCUGCCUGGUUUUUUUUGGUGAACACAAACAACAGACUCCAUUACAGAGAAGCUGCUUCUGUCGUGGGUGCGGGAACGAAACCAAAAGUGUUGCUAUCUCUCUCUCUCUCUCUCUCUCUCUUUCUCUCUCUAAACUUUUCUCUGCAUCAAGAUGGCGCCUGGCCAGUAUGAAAAGAAACCACAGCCUGGUGAUUUGAUUGAAAUCUUCCGUGGUACGUACGAGCACUGGGGCAUUUAUGUUGGAGAAGGCUACAUCAUUCACCUGGCACCACCCUCUGAGCAUGCCCACGCUGGUGCCAGCAGCAUUAUGUCUGUGCUGUAUGAUAAGGCCAUGGUGAAAAAAGAGCAGCUUUGGGAAGUGGUCGGCAAUGACAAGUACAAAGUUAACAAUCUACUAGAUAAUAAAUACGAGCCACGCCCUGUCCAUGUCAUCCUCCGUGAAGCGCACAGUCUUUUGGGGACGGAGCUGCCCUAUUGCGUGUUCCGUGGGAAUUGUGAGCAUUUUGCAACUGAGAUGAGAUAUGGGAAGGCAGAAUCUCGGCAGGUGCGGAAAGCUGUGGAAGUGGGAGCAGGUGUUGGUGUUGCCACAGUCAUUGGUCUAGGAGUGCUUGCUGCUGCAGCAGUCUUUUUUGGCUCAGGGAGCAAGGAGAAGAAGGAAACUCAGUGAAACCUCAGCUGGGAAGACGUUGUAAAGACAAACACCAGCAGGCCUUUGGGCUGGAAGUAAAUUUUCUAUGCAAUAAAUAGCCAAUCACUAGAGAGAUUUGAUUCAGCAAUCCAUUUGGAGUUUAACUAAAGCACAAAACUAUUUCUUAUGAUUUCCUUAUGCUACUGCCAAAAAUAAGAGCUGGUCUCAUCAAUAAGCUACAAGUGUAUAAGCCAAAAGCAAUUUACUUAAACAAAGGGAUUUUGAUAUGGUAUAAGGGAAUAUUAUGUUGCACAAAUAGUUAAAUGGGGUUUGAUAAUGUAGUUCAAGAAUGUAAGACUAGAUACUCGGUCGAAGUCUAAGCAUUAUCAAUGGUUAUAUUAAUUCUCUCCUAAGUGUAAGAAGUCUAAAGGUCAGCACCACACUGUAACAAAAAACCAAAAUGAACCUUGAACCACUGGUCCAGCUUUGUCUGUUACUGAUAAUGAGCUGCUAAUUUUAGUAAUGGGUUGAAAGCAAUGUUUAUUAAGAUAAUAAAGGUAAUAUAAAAUAUAAAAGGAAGCUGAUUCAUGAUCAUGUUUGUAUGUUGCUGUGCUUUGAAAUGUCUGAAUAAAAUCUACUGUUUAAUUACA